AUGGGUAAGCCAGAAGAUAUCCCCGAGAUGGAGUAUCGCUUCCUGGGCCGCUCAGGUCUUCAGGUAUCUGCAAUCUCCCUCGGAGGAUGGCUGACAUACGGUGGCCACAUUGAUAAAGAACGUACAUUUGAAUGCAUGAAGGCCGCCUAUGACUGCGGUGUCAACUUCUUUGACUGUGCCGAAGAAUACUCCAAUGGUGAAUCCGAGAUUGUCAUGGGCGAGGCUAUCAAGAAGUUUGGUUGGAAACGAAAUGACCUGGUGGUCUCUACCAAGCUCUACUGGGGAGAGGCAUUUGGAGACAACCCCGUCAACAACAAGGGACUUUCGAGAAAACACAUUGUCGAGGGGAUUAAUGGUGCUCUCAAGCGGUUGGAUCUCGAGCCUUCUACGGGAACUUCGAUGUGGAAUGCCGAUGAGAUCGCACAGGCGUGGCGGUAUGCAGACAAACUGGGUCUGAUAGGCCCCAUUAUGGAGCAACCAGCUUACAACAUGCUGGAUCGAGUCAAGGUAGAGCAGGAAUAUGCCCACUUAUAUCGCGAAGUUGGUCUUGGUCUGACUGUAUUCUCACCUAUGCGCCAAGGCAUCCUGUCUGGAAAAUAUAGUGACGGCAUUCCUGGCGACUCUCGCUUCGCCAACGAAGAGAUCAAGUGGGUUAACGGUUUCUGGAAGCAAACAGGGAAAGAUACCUGGACGGCUAUUAUUGAGCAGGUCAACCAACUGAAGCCUAUCGCGGACAGACUUGGUCUCAAACAGAGCCAACUCGCCCUGGCCUGGGUACUAAGCAAUAAGAAUGUCAGCUCUGCUAUAACGGGCGCUAGCAGUCCUGAGCAGGUGUACGAGAACGUCAGAGCUGUGGCUGCUGUCAGGAAGUUGACUUCAGAUAUUUUGGAGGAGAUUGAUGUGAUUCUCAACAACAAACCACCUGAGGUUGUAGAGCGGUUUUAA